UUUUUGAGUAAUGGCAUUUCAUAAACCUUUUCUACUUAACCCUUUUCUUUCUCCCUGCAUCACUCUUUCUCGCUCGCUCGCUCGCUAGCUAGCUCGGUUAUUCGCUUUUAUGGCCACCACUGCAACAGCGAACGGCUCUAAACAAGAUCCAGAACCGACAGCCACGGGGUCCGACCCGUUAUCAACAGCUGCAGAGUACAACCAGUCCACGACCCGAAAUCCCGCAAGCGACUCCGAACCAACUAUGGCAGCGGAACCCACAACCACGGGCAACGUAGCUGUAGAGAAAUGGCCGGGAUGGCCGGGAGACUGCGUGUUUCGGCUAAUUGUUCCGCUCGUGAAGGUCGGCAGCAUUAUCGGGCGCAAGGGCGACCUCAUUAAGAAGAUGUGCGAAGAGACCCGUGCUCGCAUCCGAGUUCUUGACGGCCCGGCCUCCUCUCCUGAUCGUGUUGUGCUAAUUUCCGGAAAGGAAGAGCCAGAUGCACCUCUCUCCCCUGCAAUGAAUGCAGUAUUAAGAAUUUUUAAACGUGUUUCUGGAUUACCUGAAGAUGGUAGUGAUGCUAAAGCUGCUGGACUUGCAUUUUGUUCAAUCCGACUGUUGGUGCCAUCCACACAAGGGAUCAAUCUCAUCGGAAAACAAGGCUCGCUAAUUAAGUCAAUACAAGAGAACACUGGUGCAUCAGUUCGCGUAUUCUCAGGAGAUGAUACACCAUUUUAUGCUGCGGCAGAUGAGAGGAUUGUAGAAUUGCAGGGAGAAGCUCUGAAGGUCCUCAAAGCUCUAGAAGCAGUGGUGGGACACUUGAGGAAGUUUUUGGUUGAUCGAAGUGUCCUUCCUCUUUUUGAGAAGAAUCAUAAUGCAACAGUCUCUCAAGAUCGCCAAGUAGAAACAUGGGUUGACAAGCCAUCGCUGCAUGCUUCUUCUCAAAGUGGAAGCAUAACUGAUUAUCCUCUCUCAGCUAGGAGGGAGUCUUUGUUUCUUGAACGUGAAACUCAGUUAGAAUCACAAAUUCAGCCAUCUGGAAUCUCACUUUUUAGUCAAGAUCCUGCACUUCCAGUGAUGCGUUCUUCUGGACUUGGUCGUGCUGGAACUGCCGGUGCUCCCAUUGUUACACAGAUUGCUCAAACAAUGCAAAUACCAUUUGCUUAUGCUGAGGACAUAAUUGGAAUUGGAGGAGCCAAUAUUGCAUAUAUUCGUCGGACUAGUGGAGCCAUCAUAACUGUGCAAGAGAGCAGAGGAUUGCCUGAUGAAAUGACAGUAGAAAUUAAAGGCACUUCAUCUCAAGUUCAGAUGGCUCAACAACUCAUUCAGGAAUUCAUGAGCAAUCACAAAGAACAAAUUUCGAGCAGCUACGGCAAGAUCGACACUGCUUACAGGCCGUCCCCCUAUUCUCAGUUGAGAAGCACAGCUUACACACCAUCUUCGUCGUCGAUGUCAGGACAGCCCUAUAGUGGUGGUGGCAGUGGGGGUUACGGAACAUCUGGCCUUGGGAGCUACAGUAGUUACAGGCUUUGAGUUUAGACCAUGGUGAACUUAUAUUCAGAUUUAAUUUUCUCCCCAGGUUGCGCCUCCUGGUGCGAUGAUGUCUGACAUAAGCAGAUAAUAUUUACUGGUAAUUUUUGAGGUAGCUAAGGUAGGGGAGAAAAAUCGAAGAUGUAAUGAAGUAGGUGCUUCUUUUUUUUAACUCUCCAUAUAAAUGAUGUAAUGAAGUAGGUGCUGUUUUCCUUUUAUGUUUAACUAUAUCCUUUCUGAACCAAAAAAAAUGAUUAAACAUGCUAUGCCUCUCAGAAUCCAGAGUGUUAAAUUGUUUCAAUAUAAUUCAAGUGAAAAUCAAUAGUGACUUGAGUUAGUGUA